AUGGUUGGGGAUAACUACUCAUGGGUGUCAUCAGCUUUGUACUUUGGUUGGCUCGUAGGAGCCUACCCAUGGCAGAUUCUCUUACAGAGGUUCCCUAUAGGAAGACUGAUUGGUGUUAUGCUGUUCGUCUGGGGAGCUGUUUGCAUGCUUCAGGCUGCAGUCUUCAGUUUCUCGGGAUUUUUUGCUAUACGCUUCUUUCUUGGCAUGUUGGAGGCCGUUGUGUCCCCCGCAUUCAUCAUACUUACAUCCAUGCUCUGGACCCGCGAGGAGCAAAGCCUUCGGAGCUCAUACUGGCUAUCUGUCAACGGUAUUUCGUCUAUUGUCGGCGCUCUGCUGGCUUACGGUGCCGGUCACGCGGAGAAUCUGGCAAUUCCGCAGUGGAAAUUGAUCUAUCUGAUAGUCGGAUCUAUGACCAUUGCUUGGGGCUUUGUCGUCUACCUCUACUUGCCUGAUGGUCCACAUAAUGCUAAGAUGCUAACCGAGUACGAGCGAAUGGUAGCGGUAUGGAGAAUUUCUCAUAACCAGACCGGCUUGAAGCAUGCCCAAAUUGUUCCAGCUCAGAUCAAAGAGGCAUUUCUUGACCCCAGACAGUGGCUGUUGUACUUGACGGCCAUCUGUUACGGUAUCCUGAAUGGCGGGGUGGCAAACUUUCUUGCUGCCAUUAUCAAGGGUUUUGGCUAUAGUCCACUUCGCACAAGCCUUUUACAAACCCCUGUAGGUGCUUUUGAGCUAGUUAUGGUCAUUGCCUUUGGGUAUUUGUCCAGACUACCGAACAUGCUCGGCGCAACCAUCGUCUUGUCAUGCGUCCCUGGGCUAGCUGGCUUGAUUGGCAUCAUGACGAUUAGCAUCGAAAAACAUCGUUUUGCACUCGUUGCCAUGUCUGGUCACACCAAACGAAGCGUGGUCCUCGGUAUCUAUUUUGUACUGUAUUGUGCCGGAAACAUUGCUGGACCGCAUCUCUUCCUGCCCUCUGAGGUUCCGCGAUAUCCCACGGCUAUCAAGGGCUUAGCUGGUGCAUACGCAGGAGCCAUGGGCAUUCAGAUCAUAUACACGGUCUACUGCUAUGUUGAGAAUCGUCAAAAGCAGAAAAAGGGUCUUCUUGACGAGGUCAACUCAACCGAGGAGGCAUUGGAGAGUUUCAAUGACUUGACCGACAAGCAGAAUAGGCAUUUUAGAUACAGAGUAUAA